AUGCUUCAAGUAUGUCCUCAUCAAGGUAUUAGUAACGUAAAGCUGGUAUCAAGAAUAGAACGAGUAUCGGGUAUUUGGGAGCAAGAAUACUACUCACCUGUUGCCUGUUCACAAACACAGAAGUCCAAGAUAUUACACGACUGUCACAGAAACUGCGAAGGGGAUGGUCCUUCUGGAUGCUGGCUCACUGGACACUUCGUGACAAAUGGAGAAUAUAAGGAAAGGUGGUUGGUGUUUACUAAGGUGAACCGUGAGUGGAUUCAUUUUCAAAGCGGAUAUAUAAGUGUUGUACGUUCUGCAUCGAUACCGAUUACGUCUCAGAUCUCCAGCACAAUGAGUUUUCCGACAUUAAUCAGCAAUUCGAAGGAUCUGCAAAACAAUGAUGGGUUAGAUUACAUCGUUAAUCCUCAUCACAUUCCCUGUCCGAAGUAUGAUGAAGCUUAUAAAGAAUCUCUAGAGAAUCCAGAAAAAUUUUGGGGAGAGGUUGCACAGUGCGUAGAUUGGAGUAAACCGUGGACAAAAGUAUUGGAUAAUAGUAAACAACCGUUUACAAAAUGGUUCAUUGGUGGAGAAUUGAAUGCCUGUUACAAUGCGGUAGAUCGUCACGUUUACGCCGGAAACGGAAAUAAAACAGCGUUGAUUUACGACAGUCCUCAAACAUCAACGAUUCGAAAAGUAACUUAUAAUGAGCUUUUAGAAACAACAUCCUUAUUAGCUGGUGCACUAGCUGAUAUGGGUGUAGGCAAGGGUGACGUAGUGAUUAUCUAUAUGCCAUUAAUUCCUGAAACCAUAAUGGCGAUUUUAGCAACUACGCGACUUGGCGCGGUUCACUCUGUUGUAUUUGGCGGAUUUGCUGCGAAUGAAUUGGCUACCAGAAUAAAUCAUGCAAAACCAAAAGUAAUAAUUGCAGCCAGUUGUGGUUUAGAACCAUCCAAAAUUAUUCAGUAUACUGUUAUGUUGAAUGGCGCUAUGAACCUCAUUUCUGUAAAAAAACCAAAAUGCAUUAUAUUUCAAAGAAAAAACAUCUGGCAGAGUCCUCUUUUAGAAGAUCAGUUCGAUUGGGAUGAUGUAAUAAAGAGGUCGAAACCUCAUUCGUGUCAACCAGUUGAGGCAAAUGCGCCUUUAUAUAUUUUAUAUACUUCAGGAACAACAGGUCAACCGAAAGGAAUUUUGAGGACAGUCGCAGGACAUCUCAUUGCUGUUUGUUGGACGAUGAAAACUGUUUAUGGUAUGGAUAAGGACUCCGUUUGGUGGGUAGCCUCGGAUUUGGGCUGGGUCGUUGGACAUUCUUAUAUUUGUUAUGGCCCACUAAUCUAUGGUUCGACCAGUAUAAUGUAUGAAGGAAAACCUGAUAGAACACCAGAUGCAGCUCAAUAUUUCAGGCUAAUCGAUCAACACAGCGUGAACGCAUUAUUUUGUGUACCUACCGCACUUCGCGUUAUAAGACGUGCCGAUCCAGAUUUAUUAUUGGGUCGAAAAUACUCUAUGAAGUCUUUGAAAACUGUAUUCGUGGCUGGAGAAUUCUGUGACUAUGAAACGAAAACAUGGGCAGAAAAAGCGUUUAAGGUACCAAUUUUAAAUAAUUGGUGGCAAUCGGAAACAGGUCACCCUAUUACAGCAUUGUGUUUGGGAUACGGACAUAAUUCUAGUUUACCAAGAUACAGUACCGGUCUCCCAAUUCCUGGUUAUCAUAUUGACAUUUUACGGGAAAACAGUUGCAAGGCAGAAGCUCAUGAAUUAGGUAGAAUUGCAAUAAAGUUACCAUUACCACCUGGUUGCCUGUCAACACUCUAUGAAGACGAUAAGAAAUUCGAAGAAGUAUAUUUCUCCAGAUAUCCGGGAUACUAUGAUACGAUGGAUGUUGGCUAUAAAGACGAAUUCGGAUACGUUUAUGUGAUGGCACGUGAUGAUGACGUUAUCAACGUUGCUGGUCAUAGAUUAUCCACGUCUGCCCUGGAAGACGUUGUCUUGGCUCACCCCGACAUUGUAGACGCCGCCGUAAUCGGCGUACCAGAUCCGACUAAAGGAGAAGUACCUUUGUGUCUUUAUAUAAUGAAACAAGAUUCAACGAAAAAUGAGAGACAAAUUAAUGAAGAACUAGUAGCACGAGUAAGAAACUUAAUUGGUCCCAUUGCGUCUUUUAGAAUAGCUGCCACUGUGAGAGCACUGCCUCGAACACGUUCAGGAAAAAUAAUCCGUAAAUCUAUCGCAAAUUUAGCUCGUUCUAAACUAGUUAAGAUUUCAAGUACAAUAGAAGAUGCAUCAGUAUAUAUUGAGAUCAAAGAAGUACUUCAAAAACUUGGUUACGCCAAAUUAGCACCAGAUCCUCAAUGA